UACGCGGAAGUUGAGGUUACACUUUUUAAGAAAACGCCUACAGCUUUUUGACUGUUUUUGUUCUGCGUCUUUUUUGAUUCGUUAAAACUCUUUGCGUUUCAGAAUUAGUUAGGGAAUUUUUAUUUUAUUUUACUAACUGCAAACGAUCCCCGGAAGGCAGGGAAAACCGGAAGUGACUUUUAAACACGCCGGAGGACGAUGAAGCUCGCGCGGGAAUGAACGAGAGUGGCACCCAGCUGCUUGCCCGUCUGGAGGCUCGCCGAUGCCUGAAGGACAUUGAACCUCGCCUGUUUGCCGAGGAUGAGGGACCACGCCACGGUGAGGUGGUGGAGUUGUGCGGCGCUGAGGGCACAGGGAAGACGGAGCUGCUGUACCACCUCCUGUGUCGCUGCGUGCUGCCAGAGGCUGCUGGCGGACUGGAGGUGGACGCCCUGUUUGUGGACACUGACUACAGCCUGGACAUGUUACGACUGGUCAGCAUUCUGGAUAGCAGACUGAGCUCAGCCGGAUUGGAGGAGGCAGCAUUACGUUCCAGCCUUUCCCGUCUCCUUGUUGUUCACUGCUCCUCAUCCUCCCAGCUCCUCCUCACCUUGCACUACCUAGAGACCACCUUGAAUUCACGACCCAGCCUGGCUCUGCUUUUGAUUGACAGCAUUUCUGCCUUCUAUUGGCUGGACCGCUGUGAGGGCGGAGCCAGCAUCAGCAGACAGGAGGAGAAGCUCAGCAAGUGUGCAGAGCUACUGGGACGACUGCUCAGGGAUUACAAAUUCACCAUCUUUGCCACCUGCCAUACCAUUAGGAGGAGUUGUAGCGGACUGGCUGCGUCACGCUCUUCCACUUUAGAAGCUGACCGCCCGUAUCUGUGUCGCCCCUGGCAACGCCUUGUUACACACAGAGUGCUGUGUUCUCGACAGGAAGCUGAAAACCACACAGCAGGAGGAAGCAGGGAGGAGAAAAGACAAGUGUUUCGUGUCCACUGCAGCUCCUCUUCCUCCAGGACAAAGGCUUCCAGGAUCAGCUCCUUCUGUGUCACCGAUGCUGGAGUCCAGUUUAUCUGAAGUUAUUUUUUUCUGAAGAAGUUCUAAAUUUUUCUGUCGUUUCAAUGAAAAACUUUCUAAUAAAAUCUGAUAUCCCUCUGUGAAGUGGAUGUAUUUGUUGUUUUCAAUGUAAGUGGCAGUUCACAAUAAACUUUCUCCCACAAAACAA